UCCAACUCCACCCUGCACGGAGGGGGGUACCUGGGCCACUGCCAGCAGCACAUCAAGAGCUUCCUCGGGGAGAAAGUGAAGCGGGUGCUGUUCGUUCCUUACGCCCUGCACGACCGAGAUGCCUACGCCCGGACCGCGAGGGAGAAGUUUGAAAGCCUGUGUUAUGGACUGGACAGCAUUCAUGAAUCUUGUGAUCCAGUGGAAGCUGUAAGGAAAUCUGAAGCAAUAUUUAUCGGAGGUGGGAACACAUUCCGUCUCCUGAAAGCUCUCUACGACAACAGUCUGAUACAGGAGAUCAGGAAAAGAGUUCUAGAGGAUGGGAUUCCUUACAUGGGAUCCAGUGCAGGAACUAACGUUGCUACUGUCAGCAUCAAUACUACCAACGACAUGCCAAUUGUUUAUCCACCUUCCCUGCAGGCCCUAGGCUUAGUUCCUUUUAAUAUUAACCCACACUACCUGGACCCAGAUGUUAAAAGCACUCACAUGGGUGAGACAAGAGAAGAAAGAAUUCGUCAGUAUCAUGAGGAACCAAACACCCCUCCAGUUCUGGGCUUGCGGGAAGGUGCAAUGCUUCUAGUGGAAGGAGACAAAGCCACCUUGCAAGGAGUGACAGGAGCACGUCUGUUUUUGAGGGGUAAGAAACCAACUGAACACGAGCCUGGAGCAGAUUUCAGUUUCCUCCUGAUUGACAGCAAUCUCCAGAAUCUGUAGCCUUGCAUAUUCUGCAGCAAAAGUCACUGUAUGGGAAGACAAUGAGGAGGAAGGAAUGAGAUGCUUCUAGUCCCAGGGUGGGUGGAGAACCUUAGCUUUAUAAAUAAAGAUAAAUAUGCAUUAGUGGGCUCUUUUCCCACCCUAAUUCAUGUCUCAGACAUCUCCUUCCCAGCAAAAAGAUAGAUUUUAUUGCAAUACUUGAAUAGCUAUUCUUAGUCUGAAAGGGUCUGUACAUUCAGGUAUCCACUUUGAUCCCUUCCCCACCAAAAAAGAGUUACUUUAACACAACAUAGAUAGGGGACAGAGUCAGCUGUUCCUGCUGCCUAGCUUUACCUGCUAAAUGGAAGAAUUGUUCAUUUAGUGUACUGCCACACUAAUAGUUUCAUUUUUGCGCUAGUAAUAAAGGGAGAUGUUGUGCAUUCAAUUACUUUUAUUUGCUUCAGACUCACGUUAAAUAUAUACAAUGCUAAUUAUGUACAAAAGUGUGCAUGUUAAAAAUUGUCAGGUUACAAACUUGCAAAUCCUAGAAAAGUGCAAAAUUUUAAAACAUCUUCCACCAUGCUGUACAGGAAAAAAUCCAUCAUUAGCCAAUAUACACACUCUUAAAACAUACUGAUCAAAACAAAAUAAGACAUACAGUAUACUCUUAAAGCACCCAGAAGGGAAAAAGAUAUUGCACAGAAGACUGACAGCAAGUUAAUUACAGUGCCUGAAGGCUCAUUUUUGAAAGUAGAUUAUUUCCAAUGCUCCUCAGACCUAACAUUUAACUCUUAAAAAAGGCAUUUUUGGCAUUUAAAAAUCCAUCUGUAAUCAUAUAAUUGCACAAUCUGUAAGAAUUAUCAGAAGAUACGAUUAAGUGUUGCUGUAAGGCCUUUGUUUGCACUCCCUCAUUAGCUUUAGUAAAAAUUCAUCAAACAAACUGAGUAGCAUUACAGCUUCCAUCAAAAUGCUGACCAAAAGGAAGUAAGUCUUACAAGCAGCAUUUCUCUAAUCUUAUAUUAAGCUGCUCCUACACAGCAAAGGGUUGAAUCAGAACAUGUAUUGCAAGUUUUUCUUGAUUUUUUUUUUUCCCCUCAUGGCUUUCUUUAAGCAACAGCUCACAGCUAUGUAUGACUAAAGCAGUAUUGUCAGGUGCAAGACUAAGUUUAUUUUAAAAAGUUACUUCAACGCAAAAAAUAAGUCUCCCUCUGGAGGAAAAUACUGACUAGAUAGGAAGCUAAAUAAAGAAGUGGCCUCUAAGUUCAGUUAGAUCUAUGAUAUAUAUGGCUGGAUUUUUUCUAUUUCAAUCUCAAAACACCUUAACAGCUUUAAACCAUAAUCUGUACUGACAAUCACGUUUCUGGGACAGAAGACUUGUUAUGAAAUUGUGUCUGUGCUGAGUAUAAUCACAGACCUAAGCUCUGUAAGUAUUUGCCAAAUUUCCCAAGUCCAGUAGACAAAAAUAGAAAGAACAUACAACUGGAGGAACUCUCUCCUGAAGAAGUGAAAAACCUAUUUAUUCUGGGCCAUUUGGGUAAAUGGUAACGAAAAGAAAGAUACACCAGUUUUUUUCCACAGAUGGACAGCAAACAGGUGAAUUAAAACCGAGCAAAGGGUGCCUUUGAACACUACAAGCAGUUCCUCACGUAUGGGGUGUUCAAGACUGCAGUAAGAUGAAUAGCACUGAACUCGAGCUGUGCAGAGCGUGCUAUGCUGCCACUCAGAGGCACUUCUGCAUUCAGGCAUCUGAUGACUAAUAGUGAAGAAGGGGACAAGUGUUUUACUAAUUUAUUUUUUUAACUGCAGUAACUUGUCCGAAAAACCUUGCUUCCUUUAAAAGUAUGUACUAACAAGGGCAAUUAGUAAUAACAAGGAGAAUUUGGCUCCUUUGGAUGGAAGGAAAGAUAUCUUCCAAACACUUCCGUUGAGUUCUAUGUAUAUGGGUAUACAAUGAACCCCCAUGUAUGACUGCACAAGAUCUAUUACUCUCCCCAAAAGGAGAUGACUAACAAGUGUCAUGUUUACAGCUGAAACCGACAUAGCUUUUAAACCAAAAAGCAUGAAAAGCCCAUUCUAGAAAGCACUGAAGCACAUGCUUGAAUUUCCACCCAAUUAAGUAUAACCCUAUGUAGUGCUUUCAUCUAUCAGUAUUUAUUAGAUCAGGCCUUAGGCUAACAUUAGGAUACAUAUUUAUAUGUUGCUGUUCUUUUUUUUUUUUUUUUUAAUUCUUUGAAAGGAAAAAAAAAAAUAUUCACAGUACCUAGCCUCAGCGUCUAAGCUAGCCAGCAAGGUGCCUUUAACAGUGGAAGAAAGGAGCGCCUUCAGGUGAUGAUACAGAGCAAGUGUCUACACAGACUCUCAGUGUAGGAGUGGAAGGAGGCUGAUAUCUCCCUCUUACUCCCCUCCCUAGCUCUAAAGCUCCCUACCGUACCAUAAUCCAUAUAUAGAUACACAUUUUCAUCUACAUAGUAAAAGCUUUGUGAAGCAUUUGGUUGCUGUACAUGUAUUUUCUAAUUAUUUUGUUAGCUGAGGUUGGGAAAGACUUGCAGAGGAAACAGGGAGGAGGGAGACAUGGUCUAGAGAAGUGAGGUAUACAGCUCCCAUCGACUAAGGCAAGAGUUAAAAGACCUACCUAAUUACUGUGCGUUACAAAUAAAAAUCAAUUUAUUAUUCCUGCAGGACUAUCUUAAAGCAGACUAAUGUAGAAUUGUUAACAGUCCCAUACAGAAUUUUUACAGUGCAGAAAAUUAGUUCUUUGCACUUCAUUUAGAGGACACAGAAAUACAACUUUAAAGAGGAUCCUUAUAAAGUAGCCAAUUGAGUAGACUAUUUAAAGCCUGUAAAUACUUUGAUGAACUUAUUUUGUGGUAAUAUUCAUGGUCUAAGGUAUACUGGGGGAAAAAAGCUUGUUUAUACCAGCGUUGCAGAUGAGCAAAACAAUUUUAAUGUGUGUGCAGGUGUUACUGGUUUGGGGUUGUUUUUUUCUUUUUAAAUCAAACAAACUUCCUAAAACCCAAUUCCCACAAUGGGUAUUAACCAUCAAAAGUGCAGUUAGUUUAAGAUUGGGAUUAUUACUUUGUGCUGGUGUUGGUAAGGUACACGAAUGAUACAAGACAUGGUUUCUAGAUAUCCUAUGAGUACUAGGUAAAAAGUAUAUUGAUACAGAGUAAUUUGCCUAAGUCAGGUGCUAACGUGAACAGCAAACAUUUCACUUUCUGAAUGCUCAUAUAGUACAAGAACUGCACAGACUAGAUGAGAUUCUUCACUAUAGAUAAAAAGGUCAACUAAAAAUACUAUCAAGAAUUACAAGUAAAUUGAUAGAGAGAAAUUUAACAAAACAUUCUACUUGAAAUAAAGGGGAGAUGUCUUCUAAAUACCAUCCUUUGGUAUGCUAGUUCAAAACUGUGCUAGGUAGAAGUUAUUCAAUACUGCUAACUACUUGAUCUCAUUUAUAUACAGGUAUGAAAAGAGAAUCAGUUUUCAGUUUCUUUUAGUUACAUAUAUAUAUAUAUACACACAUUCCUACUUACUCAGCUUUAAAGGUAAGCAUAUCUUAAACUUUGAUAAAUAUCAUUAGGGUUGUUCCAAAAAUUAAAUGUAAGAAGAUACCACCAAGAAUAUCUUGACAAAUGUAGUGUUAUGAAACACCUGUUGCUUAAGACUUGUUUAUUCUGAAUUCCUUAUCAGAAUUCUCUCAUCUCACAGCUUUACUUUUUACACUUAAAUAAAUCUUAGUUCAAAACCAAAGGAGAAUCUUACUUCACCAAUACUACAUGAAAAACAAAAUGUGAUCCUAAGCUUUAUUGACUUGAGGAAACCAAAGAAUUAUGAAAGUCAGUUCACUAAUUCACAGUGCACUGCAUAACAGACUGCAAUUCAACCAACCUAAACAGCUGAUCAGAAAAAUUAUUUUCUACUUUUAAAAAGACAUACAAAUAAGUUAAAACACCAAAAAACCAACAUACCAGCUAAUGCUCACACUUAACCACCUAUACCUUUUAUUUAAAGCUGGUUUUAGAUAAGGGCAAAGUGCAGACCUUUAAACCUAUGGGGGUCUUUCCAGAGGGCCUCUAGCAGAAUGCUAAGCGUGUGAUGGUGUAUACCUCCCAUCCUCAACGACUAGCUAAAAGAUCAAAAGGCAACAGUUGUUGCCAUUCUGCACGGAGCAUGAGGCAGCUCAGAGCUCACCUGUUCCCCUCCUCAUUCUGCUGCUGCUGCUUUGUGCAGAGCACAAACUAGCCUCAAGUUUGAGAGCCCAAGAACUGUCCACAUUUAAACCCAUCCCAGGUAUUUGUGAAGAUCACCUAAUGCUUGUGAUGCACCAAAAUGAUGGUAUUCAAAUGUCAAAGCUCUUCACCAUAAACUCUUUCAUCCCCAAUUAUUGCAGCUACAUUAUAUUUUACUUAAACUGACACAGUGUAUUCAGUAUUCUUUAAUAUUAAACUACUAAAAACAUUAAUUCAACUGUUGUAUAAACAUACCUAACCCACAGUAGGACGUUUUCAAACCCUUAUGCAAACUCCUCUGUGCAAAUGACAAUAGGAAAACCAUGCUCUCACCACACACUACAAAAGACCUAUCUUCUCAGUUUUUCCACUUGAUUCUGCUAGCCCAGCCCCAAACAUCAUAAUUUCUUCCUGCAAGUAAACGCUGAACCUCAUAUAUGCAUUUAAACAGAACAUAUAUGCAUAUUUAUAAAACCCAUCAACUCAAUGCCCCAAAUAAGUUCUUUUUUCACCUUCCCAUUACACACAAAAAUCUCACAUUCUGAGCCGAAAUUCUUCUAAACCACUCUCAAAAGAGCUCCCCUGAAAUCCUUUCUUCAUGAAAUUAUAAUGGACAAACAUACUUCACAUUUCAUAUACACACUUAAUACUUCCAGAGUAUCCUUAGUAUUCUUACUGGAUAGGUAAAUGAUUAAAAAUAAUAUUUUUCACUUCGCUACAGCUUAUUUGGAAAUACGGGAUGUGUUCUUUUUACUUACAUGGAGUCUGAAAAAAACACACUACUCUACUUUUGGAAAUUUAAUGCUCUCUUGGCAAGUGACUCAGGGAAAUAAUUCUUAUUUUCUCCUAAAUUUCCAGACGAUCCAGUCUGUCACAGUGAUUAGUUAGAAUAUUGCAACUAUGCAUAGACCCACUUGUUCACUAGUCUGAUUUAUUUUUUCAUUUACAAAAGUUAAGAAAAAGCAACACAACUUUUUUUACACAGCACACUGAUCAGUCAUUAAGAGGGAUUUUUUUUUUUUUCCAGUAAAGAAAUGGAGGAGGAGAAAAGUUUUAAUGAGACUAACAGAACUUGUAAAAAUUAUCCUUUCAUGGGGUAAGAAGGUAUUACUAUUUCUACAAAGUUAAUAAAUAUUCUGCUGAAAGUUAGUGAAAUGAGAUUAUACAUUAUGGAGUUCCUCAGGUAGUUCAGCAGCUCCCCAACCACAGGGAAUAUCUGAUAACAUUUACAGGAGAUACAACACACAUUCAUUUCCAUAAAUAAAUAAAAAUAACAAGAAAAGUGAUGGUAGAGGGAAGAAAGGGGUAGCCAAAAGGGAACAUACCAUCUAACAAUCACUUAUAGCUCUGCCUUAUAUCUAUAAUAGCCUUACCCCAUGGUAUUUUCUCCUUUUAAUAGACAUACAUACAUGUAUAUACAUAUAUAUACACAUAAACAUACACACAUAUAUACACAUGCACACAUACCUUUACAAGCCGAUCCAAAAAUUCAUAUUUUUCCCUCAGCACCAGGCUUUUCCAACAGUAUGGGGUUUAUCAUUUAAAUCAUUUACAUUAUAAAAAUGUCAGAAUGAUAGGUAAACACACACCCUUCUGUCAUCAUCAUGUAUCGCUAAACCAAAAAAAUUCAGUAAUGGCUUCUCCAAAAUAUACUAUACAAUCCAUAACUAUUUUGUUGGAUAUAGCGCACAUAAGGAUCUGGUAUUUUCUUUUCCCAGGUCUUAAACACAUCUUGAAAAUGGACAGAUUAUCUGUUUCCCUGCUUGUUUUUGCAGAAAAAAAUAUGGCUAACAACUGGUUUGGUGAACACCAAGCCAAGAAACAAACAGGUGCUAUUUAAUUAAAUUGUGCUGCAAUGUUUAAAUGAUUUUGCAGUGGAAAUAUAUCUUUCGUUUGUAGGAGUUGCCUUACUAACGAAGCAGACUGAUCUCUGUCCAAUACAGAUACUGAUUCUUCCUCUGUGUUUCUUCGAGAUACUAAUAUAUUAUGGGAUUUCUUGGUGUAUGUCUUAGCCUACUUAACAAUAUAAAUAAUUUUCAGCAGCGAGUAUUUCCUACCUCCUCCAGCUCCUUCACCACCUUCAACUCCUCUGAAGUUAUUAACGUCUGUACUUUAAACAAUUUCUGAUAAUCAAGUAGUGCAACACAGAUGUUCCUUGCAGAACAGGCUAAAACUGGAACUACACAAAAGAAAAUAGCAGUAGCCAUUUACAGGAACAAAUUGCAAUAAAUUGUUCAUUGGGCUAAAAAACAUAUCAAAAAGAUCAUAACUGUCAGCUAUACCAAUUUUGAAUCUGAUCACGGCAACUGCCAGAAUUUUAAUUUACUGCUGGAGAAUUACAAUGCUGUCAAAGCAAAGCCAAAUAUCUUCUUUGUGAUCAAGGAGCAUCUGGCUCUAUUCAGCUUCAAAUCAAAUGCUACUUAUCUUAAAUUCUAUUAGCAAGCUUGGGUUUGGAGAUUUGUUUGUUUGUUUGUUUGUUUUCUUUUUCUUUUUU